AUGGUCUGUAUUCGGUCAUCGUACACCAGCACUAGGAACUCCAGUGUGAUGUAUUGUGUCCGUUUUGCAUGUAACUCCCGUGUUAUCGUCACUGGUGGGGAUGACUAUCGAUUAAGGGUAUGGGAGACUAAGACGGGAAGGUUGAAGUCGACUUUGGCUGGCCAUACUGGAGAGGUUAUGGAAACUGCUGUUAACUACUGUGAUACGAUAAUUGCCUCGUCUGCUACUGAUAAAACAGUAAGUGAUGAAGACCAACAAAGUCGUCCUUUAACAACUCUCCAAUUCACUGCUGAGGUCCACUUUAUGGCUUUCUCUCCAUCUAAGGAUCAUGAGCAAGUCUUCAUAACAGUUACAUGUGAUGGUGGUAUUUUUAUAUGGGAUCUAACUACGGUCACCAGAGACAACGGGGGAGAGGUGCUUAGUGCAUAUUGCAAGUAUUAA